AUGCUACGAGAAGCCCAGGUUUUGCACAGGGAUGGUUUCCGAAAGCCUCCUCUGGUGUUGGAGACUUACAACGUGCCCGAACUGUCCAACGGGGUCAAUUGUUCCUUUGGGGACCUGGCGGAAAUGGACGGUGUGGUGUCGGGGAACAAGAUCAAGUGCCAGUCCCCAGCAGCCAAGGAGGUGCCAAAGAUCAUCACCGAGAAUGGAGACCACCAUGUUGUCCAGCUCCAGCUGAAAUCCAAAGAAACAGGCAUGACUUUUGCCAGCACCAGCUUUGUCUUCUACAAUUGCAGUGUCCAUACCUCGUGCCUCUCGUGCGUAGAGAGCCCGUACCGAUGCUAUUGGUGUAAAUAUCGUCAUGUUUGCACCCACGAACCUCGCAACUGCCACUUCCUAGAAGGACAAGUCAAACUUCCUGAGGACUGUCCCCAGCUGCUAAGAGCCAACAAGAUCUUGGUCCCCGUGGAUGUUAUCAAGCCGAUCACUCUGAAGGCCAAGAACUUGCCCCAACCGCAGUCCGGUCAGCGGGGCUACGAAUGCAUCAUUACCAUCCAGGGCAACGAGAAGCGAGUGCCUGCACUGAGAUUCAACAGUUCCAACGUCCAGUGCCAGAACACUUCCUAUUCAUAUGACGGGAUGGAGAUCAACAGCCUGCUGGUGGAUCUGACGGUCGUAUGGAAUGGGAAUUUCAACAUUGACAACCCAGCCCAGAAUAAAGCCCACCUAUACAAGUGUGGAGCCAUGAGAGACAGUUGCGGAUUGUGUCUGAAAGCAGAUCCAGACUACGAGUGCGGCUGGUGCGAAGACUUGGAUCAAUGUACGCUGAAGCACCAUUGCCCCAUCCUGGAGAACCGCUGGCUGGAGCUUUUGGGAACCGGAGGCAAGUGCACCAAUCCCAAGAUUACGGAAAUAAGUCCAGUGAGAGGACCUCGUGAAGGAGGGACCAGAGUGACCAUCCGGGGAGAAAAUCUAGGUCUUGAAUUCCGGGACAUUGCAUCCCACGUCAAAGUUGCUGGCGUGGAGUGCGUUCCCUUGGUGGAUGGAUAUAUCCCAGCUGAGCAGUAA